UACGCACCGCUGUGCAGCCGCCAGCCAUCAAGCAGCUUUCAGCAGCUUCCCAGAGUGUUCUGCCUGCUUCGGCUGCAAGAUCUGCUGCAUCCAUCCGUGCACGGAGCAGAAGGAACGGACGACGGACGGAGGAAAGAUUUCAGCACUGGGAACUGUCCAAAACACCUAACUACUUACCAGCGUCUUGCUCAUGCGCUGGACCAAAACCAAAACCCAGGAGAUCCCUCAUCGUAUAAAUCUUGAGAUCUAAAGAGCUUUGCAGACUAAACCCCCUUCGUAGUGUGUUGGAUCAUCCGUGCAGUUGGACCCUGGAGUGCAAGAGGCGCACGGACUUCAUUCAGGGGAAGUAUUGCAAUGCUGUGCACGCCGGCGUGAGAGCCGUGAAGACCCCGGGACAACUACUACUACACGACCCAUCGUACAGCCAUGGGAGUGCUGAUGUCUAAGAAGCAGCAGGUGGAGAAGGUGCAGAAGUGCAACGCCGUUGUCAAUGCCUUCCAGCAGGGCGUGAAGGUGACCGCGCCUCCGGCCAUUCACGAUCAAGCAGAUGACAAUGUGGGCGGGGCUACCGACGUGCCAGCUACCCGUGGCGAGGGCGAGGAGGGGGGGGAGGAGGAGGCUGACGCGGCCCCCCCUCCCACCAGGGACGGGUGCAACGUGAACAAGGAGGCGUGGUCUCGGAUGAGGGACGGGAAGGGGGUGGAGCCUGAGGACAUGCAGAAGAGCCACCAGCUGACUCCGCCCGCGUUCGUCCGACCCAAGAGGGACGCCAACGACGACCAGGCCUUGGAGGUGGAGCUGGGCAAGAGAGACCAGCCAUCCAACGACGAGAUGUGUGAUGUGUGUGAGGUGUGGACGGCCGACGACCUGUACCCCUGCAGGAUCUGCACGCGCGUCUUCCACGACGGCUGCCUGCGGGAGCUGGGCUACCUGCGGGCCGAGGCCCUGCAGGAGAUGAGGGACUCUGCCCACACCAUCACCGGCUGGAGCUGCUACUACUGCGAUAACGUCAACCUCCUGCUGACGGAGGAGGAGAUGUACAGCCUAGUGGAGACCUUCAAGCAAUGCAAGAUCAUCCCUGAGUCGUGCCUGGUUUCUGACGAGCUGCUGCAGUACCGCCACUUCAUGUCAAAGCAGCAGUAUGAGAAGGACCUGACGGACGAGCAGGAGGAGGAGGUGCUGGGCCAGUUCGCCGCCAUGGACCCCGAGAAGAAGGGCCACAUCGAGUGGUCCGACUUCCUGUACUUCGAGUCCAUGUCGGUACUCCGGAAGCUCCGCACCGAGAACUCGAUGGUGCGUCUGCUGAGCUCCAAGGAGAGGGACCGGGCGCGCACCCUGUUCCUGGGCCUGGACCUGGACAAGGACGGCCUGAUCACGGGAGGGGAGAGCCGCCAGGCCCAGCCCUCCUGGUUCCACAAGCUCAACAAGGACAGCCAGUCCUGCAACGUCAGACUCAUGCUGAGCUCUGCUCUGAAUUGUGGUAUCAGCCACGUGGGGGCCAUGUGUGAGAGCAGCCCGGCCAGCUCAGCUAGCGAGAGGAGCAAGGCUGAUGACAGCAGGUCGGUGACCUGGGCAGACUUCCUGAAGGAGAGCGCCAUCUACAUCAUCGCUGCCCGGCCCAACAGCAGCGCCAUGCACAUCCGCCUGCCACUAUAG